UCGAGGUGGCGCACUGUGAUUGAGUCACUGUCAUAGUUUGCGUUGCACGGGAUCAUCGGGCUUGCAAAUACGGCAACGAGCUCGAGAUUUUUAACGGUCCGAGCAGUCACUAUCUGGAAGAAGCUGGAAAAAGAAAAAAAAAAAAGAAAAUUAGGAGAGAGAAAGAGAGGGAGACAGCGUGACGGAAAGGAAGGGAUUGUGAAAAUCUGGGGAAGGAGAGGGAAAAGAAAGGAAAAAGAAGGAAAAUUAAGAUUUUCUACCUUAUAAACCCUUUCGUUUUUGCCUUUUUCUCGUUCAUGGUUCCGUAGAACUAAAAUCUCUUCCGCGAUUAUUGUUGUUAUUAUUUUCCUCUGAUCCAAACAGACCCAAAAAAAAAAAAAAAAAAAAAAGAUAGCGAGGAGCAAAAAUGCUUUCGCUGCAAAGCGAUCCGAGGCUUCACCACCAUAAUCACUACCAGAAUCAGCUUCAACAACAGCAGACUACGACGCCGCAGCAGCAGCUCCAUUUGGUUCCAUACGGCGAUGAUGCGUUGGCUCUGCAUUCCGAUGCGGCAGGUGUUGGUGGUGUUUCUUCUUCUUCUUCUUCUUCCGUUAAUCUCAGGCAGUCGCAGGCCUUGGAUUCUCAUGAAGUUAAUGAAGACAUGCUCGUAGCUCUUGCUCAUCAGAAAUACAAAGCUGGAAAUUAUAAACAGGCAUUGGAGCACAGCAACUCUGUUUAUGAAAGAAACCCACAAAGGACUGAUAAUCUUCUUCUUUUAGGCGCCAUUCACUACCAGUUGCAUGAGUUUGAUAUGUGCAUUGCAAAAAAUGAAGAAGCUCUACGAAUUAAUCCUCACUUUGCUGAGUGUUAUGGAAAUAUGGCAAAUGCUUGGAAGGAGAAGGGCAAUAUUGAUGUUGCUAUCCGCUACUAUUUAAUUGCUAUUGAGCUUCGUCCCAAUUUUGCUGAUGCGUGGUCAAAUUUAGCAAGUGCAUAUAUGAGGAAAGGAAGAUUUAAUGAGGCAGCUCAAUGUUGUCGCCAGGCUUUGGCACUGAAUCCUCGUUUGGUUGAUGCACACAGUAAUCUUGGCAAUUUGAUGAAAGCUCAAGGUUUAGUGCAAGAGGCAUACAACUGUUAUGUUGAGGCUCUCCGGAUACAGCCAAAUUUUGCAAUAGCGUGGUCGAAUCUUGCAGGCCUAUUCAUGGAGGCUGGUGAUCUUAACAGGGCUCUUCAAUAUUACAAGGAAGCUGUAAAGCUCAAGCCAACAUUUUCUGAUGCAUACCUAAACCUUGGAAAUGUUUAUAAGGCUUUAGGCAUGCGUCAAGAGGCUAUUGUGUGCUUUCAGCGUGCACUUCAAGUGCGGCCAGAUCUUGCUAUGGCAUAUGGCAAUUUGGCUAGUAUAUAUUACGAGCAAGGAAACCUGGAAAUGGCAAUGCUCAAUUAUAAGCGAGCAAUUGCUUGUGAUUCAGGAUUUUUGGAGGCUUACAAUAAUUUGGGUAAUGCUCUGAAAGAUGCUGGAAAAGCUGAUGAAGCCGUGCAAUGCUAUCGCCAAUGUCUUGCUUUGCAACCAAGCCAUCCUCAAGCACUUACUAACCUGGGGAAUAUAUACAUGGAGUGGAAUAUGAUGAGUGCUGCUGCUUCAUGUUAUAAGGCAACGUUGUCUGUGACAACAGGACUUUCUGCUCCUUUCAACAAUUUAGCAAUUAUCUAUAAACAGCAGGGUAAUUAUGUGGAUGCUAUAUCUUGCUACAAUGAAGUUCUCCGGAUUGAUCCAUUGGCAGCUGAUGCACUUGUUAACAGAGGUAACACAUAUAAAGAGGUUGGGAGAGUUAAUGAAGCCAUUCAAGAUUAUGUACAUGCUAUCAACAUCCGCCCUGCCAUGGCUGAAGCUCAUGCAAAUCUAGCAUCAGCUUACAAGGACAGUGGACAUGUUGAAGCUGCUAUAAAAAGCUAUAAGCAAGCACUCUUUCUGCGCCCUGACUUUCCAGAAGCCACUUGUAAUCUUUUACACACUUUACAGUGUGUUUGUGACUGGGAAGACCGUGACAACAAAUUUAUUGAAGUUGAGACGAUUUUAAGGAGACAGAUAAAGAUGUCACUUAUUCCUAGUGUGCAGCCUUUUCACGCAAUUGCCUAUCCAAUUGAUGCAAUGCUUGCACUGGAAAUUAGUCGUAAAUAUGCUGCGCACUGCUCUCUUAUUGCCACUCGUUACUCACUUCCAGCUUUCAACCAUCCUGCGCCCUUGCCUAUAAAGGGUGAGGGUGGCAGCGGACGACUGAGGAUUGGAUAUGUGAGCAGUGACUUUGGUAAUCAUCCCCUGUCUCAUCUUAUGGGCUCAGUGUUUGGCAUGCAUGAUAGAGAAAAUGUUGAGGUUUUCUGCUAUGCUUUAAGUGCAAAUGAUGGUUCUGAAUGGAGGCUGUGUAUUCAGUCAGAAGUGGAGCAUUUUAUAGAUGUCUCAUCCAUGUCAUCUGAUAUGAUUGCCAGACUGAUCAAUGAGGAUAAAAUACAUAUCCUUGUCAAUCUCAAUGGCUACACUAAGGGAGCAAGAAAUGAAAUAUUUGCAAUGCAGCCUGCUCCUAUACAGAUUUCAUACAUGGGAUUUCCUGGAACUACAGGGGCUGAUUAUAUACAUUAUUUGGUUACUGAUGAGUUUGUGUCCCCAUCUCGUUUCUCUCACAUUUACUCUGAAAAGCUUGUACACCUUCCUCAUUGCUACUUUGUAAAUGACUAUAAGCAGAAAAAUUGUGAAGUUUUGGAUCCCAAGUGCCAAUCCAAGAGAUCCAAUUAUGGUUUACCAGAAGACAAAUUUAUUUUUGCAUGCUUCAACCAGCUUUACAAGAUGGAUCCUGAUAUUUUCAAUACAUGGUGCAAUAUCCUUAAGCGAGUCCCAAACAGUGCACUUUGGCUUCUUAGAUUUCCGGCUGCUGGCGAGACAAGACUCCGCAACUAUGCUGCUCAAAGAGGUGUACAGCCUGAUCAGAUUAUCUUCACAGAUGUUGCCAUGAAGGGUGAACAUAUCAGACGCAGUGCUUUAGCAGAUCUAUUCCUUGACACGCCAUUAUGCAAUGCGCACACAACAGGCACUGAUGUUUUGUGGGCUGGACUUCCAAUGGUGACUCUUCCCCUUGAGAAAAUGGCUACAAGAGUGGCUGGAUCACUGUGUCUGGCCACUGGUGUUGGUGAGGAGAUGAUAGUUAGCAGCUUGAAGGAAUAUGAAGAGAAGGCAGUCUCACUUGCUCUAAAUCCCUCAAAGCUCCAGGAUCUUACCAAUAGACUCAAAGCAGCUCGAUUGACUUGUCCAUUAUUUGACACAGCACGCUGGGUGAGAAAUCUCGAAAGAGCUUACUUCAAGAUGUGGAAUCUGUAUUGCAACGGGCAGCAUCCACAGCCAUUUAAAGUAACCGAAAAUUCAUCAGAAUUCCCAUAUAAUAGAUAGGAAUGAUAGAAGAGAUUAGAUGGUAUUGUAGAUAAGGCAAAAAGAGUAACAAUUGAAAUACUAUUAUGUUAGGCUAGUGUUGGUUGAUUGGUUUCCAAAAAUGUUGAUUCUGAAGUCAGUACAUUGAAGUGAUGUUCUCUUUAGGCUACUCGUGAUGGAGUUAUUAUUGAAUGGAUCAGGUAUUAUCAUUGAUCUGUCUCACCCCGUCCUGUGUUGUUGUUUUAGGUUGUCUUUAUGUAGUGUGUUUUAAUAUAUUAAUAUAAAGUUUCAUCUC